CCCCAAACGUAACAAAUUUUCCCACAUUGUUGAAGUUUUUCCCAAUUCGCAUAUCUCACAGUAUGCACCUGAACGAGAAGAUUAAAAUACUAGGUCAUAGGAUUAUCCUGGUGCCCUACGAACCCCGCCACGUAAAAAAAUACCACAAUUGGAUAAGCAACGAGACGCUGAGGCAGUUGACCGCCUCCGAGGAACUGACAUUGGACGAGGAGUACCAAAUGCAGAGAAGUUGGCGUGAGGACAGCGAUAAGCUCACCUUUAUUAUCCUGGAUGCUGAUAUCUAUUCCCGCGAUCAGGACGAAAUAGCCGCCAUGGUGGGAGACACGAAUCUCUUCCUGCGCGCAGAUCCGGAUACUGAUCGCCAGGUGGCAGAGGCGGAGAUUAUGAUAGCCGAGCCCGAGGCAAGGGGCAAGGGACUCGGACGGGAAGCCAUGCUCGUCAUGCUCAAGUACGCUCAAUCCCAGUCCCAGCUGAAACUGGAUGCAUUCGAAGUCAAGAUCGACAUGGACAAUACCAUCUCCCUGCAUUUAUUCGAGACUUUUAGAUUUGUGGAGACGGGUCGAGUGGAAGUUUUUCAUGAGGUCACCUUGGAACGCCAAAUUACUCCAGAUUGGAUCAGCUGGCUGGAGCAACAGGUUAAACUUCAGAUCGAAAGCUAUUAGAGGAACAAGCCCAGUUUUGUUCAACUUCCUUUGUCUAUAAAAUAAUUACUUUUAAUUAUAAGUUGUAGUUAUAGAAGCUUCUAUGCAUCAUUAUUGUGAGAUAGGAUUGGGAAGUAAGUCAUCAUCAUUUCAAAACCCUACAAAUUGAAGUCUUCUGGGUUUAACAUAUUUAAUGGAUCCAAUCGGGCUUUCACAAUUUCAUAGGGUAUAUUUUUAGCACUGAUCAUAAAAAAAUGAUUAACCAAUAAUCACUGAUAACAGAUAGUUACCGAAUAAUAAUUUUCAAAAAUCUGAAGGACA